UUUUGUUUUGUGCCAUACCCUCAUUCUGCGCUGGAUAGUUUACAUCGCGACAACGCACGUCCUUCGGUACGGAAAAAUAUUUUCAUUCAAAUUUCUAAUUCUACUGCCCAGUAGGUUAUCCAGUGGCACUUGUUUACUUACUUCAUAUUACGGUGGCUAAGUGAUAGAUAUUUCAAAACCAAAUUCUACUUAAGUGCUAGUUCAGUAGUGAACUUCGUUUACCGUCGAAUGCAGUAUAUUCGACACGAAACGCAGGUGGAAUCUUUGGUUGUAAUAUGGUGCAGUCAAUAUAAUUUUCAGUGAAACGAAAAUCGAUUUGGAGUGAACCCUUGUGUUAAAAUUUUAGUUCCAGAAAAGAUAUCCAGGUGUGGUUGAAGUGCUCAUGCAAAGUUUGGACAAUUACACCGAAGAUGUAACCUUAUAAGUGAUAAAUGUUCGUAGGGUCUGUUUGAAAGUUUUACGCUAAUAGUGGGUUUGGUUACAUCAACAGCCAUUUUCGUAUUAAUUUCAAAGGAAAAUUCAAACGUGCAAAUUAGUGUGUCGUGCAAGAAAUGCUGCAUAGAAGAUAAUUUUCAAUCUAACGAAUAAUCGGGGCUGCGCAUUGUUUGAUUGAUUAUACGAAAGUCAAGUGUUUUAUUGGUGCGAUUUAUUCCCGAAAAAUCUAUCAAGGUGGAACAUCCUACUAUGAAAACUCGUCUAACGACACUGACAUGGCGAGGUUCAGCAUCCGUGGAUCCCAGGUUCUCGGCUUCGAUGCUGCCUUGGUCCAUUGCAGACAUCAGGAAUCACGAGAGUUAUGUAACUCUUUCCAUUGGUAUUGAAAACGGUCAUCUUGAAGCUUACAAUACUGAUUUUGAGCUUCAAUUUGUGCACCAGCUUAAAUAUAUCCUAGGAUAUUGCAGAGUAAUCGUCAAACAGGAAAAGGGGAAGAAAAAUUCCGACUUUUUGAUUCCGAAAUCCAACAGCACCCGUGCGUUGCCCAUCACGAUUGGAAACGAUAACGUAGCAGAAAUCUACGGACCAGAGUAUGGUCUGAUCUACCUACUGAAAACACCACAGGAUCCGCUGCUGCACAUUCAUCUGUACGAGUGCGAAAAAUACGAACAGAUGACAGAGCUAAUGCAUCAGAUGCGUGAUCCUGCCUCGAUUGGUGGCGGAUCUGUCGGCAGUAUUCCACAGAGCAUCGUGUCAUCCAGUGCAAAUUCGAACGACAUACAUCGUGCGCUGCGUGGCCAAGGAAUCCAUUCAACACCGGCGUCAAACUUGAAACUGUCGGAACAAAUGCGGAAUGCGCAGCACGAUAGCAGUCCCACGCUAAACCACAACCAAAACGGUAGCAGUGCAACCGGGCAGCAGCAUGGGUCGCAAAGUCGUCUGUCCAGCUCCAAGAGCUACUCCGGUGGACUGAACCACUCGGCCAGUGGUGGAAACAUGCAAAACAGUAGCAGUGUUUCGUCCAGUUUAUCCUCCCUACCGGACAUUUCCGCCAACAAUUCACAAUUCUUCGAGGUGCUAUACGUGGGCAAGAUCAAGGUGUCUCACAAGCGAGUACCGUUUACCUUCAUCGAUGACGCUCUGCCCAAAUUUAAGGCAUAUGAUGCACAAAAGAUCAAACAACAGCUGGAGACAACUAAAAAGAAUGAUGAAUCAACUGAUGGAGAGGCAGACACAUCUUCCACCCAGCAGCAAAAGCAAGUGCAGGCACAGGUGCUAAACAGGAUCAACGAGUCCAAUGAAACGACUGGUACAGAGAACAUCACGGCGAACGCAACUACCGAAAACAAGGAAAACACCCAGCCGACGCUGGCGUCUGACGAGGGUGAAGUCUUCCGAGUCCGCAGAGUCAGUCAAUUUGAUUUGCCAGUGAAAAAAAUCGAAGACUCAUCGAAGGAAGAAUCAAAAACAGGAAACACCGACGAUAGUGAAUGUGCAAAAACCGGUGGUGGCAUUCAAAGAUCUGUUUCACACCCACCGCCACAGAAAGAAUCCAAAUCAUCUUCCGACGAAGAUGUACCGGUGUGUCGCGAUCGAUCUGCCUCGAUCGGCUCCAUCCCGGUUGCCGACCAGAACCGUACGAUGGUAUUCUUGAUAGGCCAAUGUGACCUGCGGUUGAUUAGUCCCGAUCGCAAACAGGUUUUGCUGCACAAAGAGUUUCGUGACGUGGCCAGUUGUGCCCAAGGUCAGAAAAAUGCAGAUCACUUUGGAAUUAUCUGCCGAGACGUGAACAACGAUGGCUACAUUGGGUACGUCUUCAAAUGCCAGUCCGAGAACGUAGCCGAUGAGAUCAUAAUCGCCAUCUCGCAGGCAUUCCUGGUAUGCUCAGAGCAGAAACAAAAGGACAAAACAGCUGCACAGAUAUACUCCUGCGAGCAUUGCCCCAUGCUGUGGUAUCAUAAGCUGUGCUCGGACGUGGAAGGACUGAGCGAUAAAAAGACACAGUAUAUGAUCUUUAAGCGAAUAGAAUCCACCUUGGCAGAGGACGAACAGCGAUUGGUAUUGGAAAAGUAUCACGGUGCUGAGAAAGCCCCAGGGCACAGCAUUGGCGAGCAGAAUCAAUUCCUCAUGAUGUUACUAAGGGCGCACUGUGAAUCCAAGCAACAAAGACACGUACACGAUACGGUUGAGCAUAGAGCAGAGUUUUUGAACCAAUAUCUAGGUGGCAGCGGCAUCUUCAUGAAAGCAAAGCGUUCACUGACGAGUUCAUUUGAUCAUCUACUCAAACGUCGUACAAGCAAAGACGAAUUUGGAGGGGUUCCAUCAAUCAAGGACUCAACAUCUUCGGGUGAUCUUAGAACUUCAAAUGAUCUAGAACCACAAGCAAGAUCACGUGCUUCUACAAUUGGUUCCAGCCCUUCGUUGAGUCGAAAGAACUCGGACUUUGGCGUUGCCCCCACUGCUCCCCAACUGAAGUCGCCAAUGAUGGAUAUAUUCAUUAAGGUAGGCAACAGUCCCCGAGAAAAUUCCAAUCACACUGGAUCGUGGCGGCAGGCAAUGUUGCACCGUGUUGUUACCCCUUCGAAGAAUAUGAAAGUUUCAGGUGAUGAGUACAUGUCUCCGUUACGAGCUCCACAAAUCAGUAACAGGAAGCGAACUCGGGAGGAGCUUCGCGAGCUAUGGCGCGUAGCAAUCAAACAGACCAUAAUUCUCAACCGCAUGGACAAAGAGAACGCCAGACUGCAAGCCCGUCAGAAUGCAAUCAAAUCCAAUGAGAUCAAACGCAUCAAGUUGGAAUAUGAUGAGAUUUCCAUCUGUGAUAGACAAGCGGCAGAAAUUUGGGACAAUUUUCUGAGUGUUCUACCAGCAGAAGGGGUACAUGCCAGAAAGGAUCCAAAGGUGCUUUACCAAGCCAUCAAAAACGGAGUGCCGAGGGCGAAACGUGGCGAAGUGUGGAUGUUCCUCGCCAACCAACACUCGUACAACACGGCACCGGUCGAUGUUUCCAAAUACCCCAACUACUAUACGCCGUAUCAAACGCUGUUGAAAAAUUUAACCGAACAUCAACACGCCAUUUUCAUUGAUUUAGGUCGCACAUUUCCCGAUCACAAGUAUUACAAAGAUGCCCUUGGCGUAGGCCAGCUAUCCCUAUUCAAUCUAUUGAAAGCAUACUCUAUUCUCGAUCCAGAGUUAGGGUACUGCCAAGGAUUAGGGUUCAUCUGUGCAGUUUUAUUGCUACACCUGGAGGAGGCGAACGCUUUCGAGUUACUUAAGCAUCUCAUGUUCAAACGACAAAUGCGCGCCAAGUAUCUGCCUGACAUGAAACAAUUCCAACUGCAGCUGUAUCAACUAUCUCGCUUGCUUAAAGAUCACAUCCCUGAGCUGUAUGACUGGUUCGAUCAGCAUGACAUUUCACCGACACUCUACGCUGCACCUUGGAUCUUAACCGUUUUCAGCUCUCACUUCCCACUUGGAUUUGUAGCCCGUGUCUUCGAUCUUUUGUUCCUCGAAUCUUUCGACGUAAUAUUUCGAUGUGCAAUUGCCCUGCUGGAGGUCCACAAAGAGCAACUGCUGCAAAGAAACAACUUCGAAGACAUUAUGAACUACCUGAAAACGGUAGUUCCGAAAAUCGACUCUGAUGUUAUGGAGAAGGUUUUUCGGAAUGUGUUCAAGUCCGAUUUCUCUCGGCAGCUGAUCGAAUACCAAGUCGAAUAUAAUGUCCUGAAGGAAGAAAUGACCUCUCAGAAUCAUCACUUGGAGAACUUCAAACGAGUUAAGGAAGAGAAUCAUCAGCUUGAAACACAAUUGCAGUUUGCUCAAUCUAGCUUAGUUCAGCUUGACAAAACACGCCAAGCGCAGCAAAACCAAAUCCAAACCCUCCAAACGCAGGUUCAAUCUUUGGAGAACACCGUGCACAUACUAGUGAAGUUUGUCGACCAAACAAUUGAAAGCAGACCGGACUACGUGCUGCCUAAUGACAUUUGCCGAAUUAUGCAACAAGUUCAGGACCUGCAGCACCAGCAAAUGGUUCAGCAAAAGAAACGAUCUCCAAUAUUCUUGGACCGCAAAAUCGGCAAAUCCAUAUCAUUCAACAGCAACCUAGGACUGGCAUUGAACGUACUAGAAGAGGCAAAUGAGCAGGACGGUGCUGGAGGAACUCCGACAAAGAAGAAGCCGUUUUUCCAAAAUUCAUUCGAGCAGAUUCGUCAACAAAAAGCUGGCCUUCGCCUGAACAAGCUGGAUGAGUGCAGUAGUCCGGAACAUGCAACGGACCAGAAUGGUUCAAAGAAUAACAGUGCUAGCGACGAUAGUGGCAUCGCAACGCCAAUCAGUCCACAAAUGCAUGCUCCUUCGACAACUCCAAUGGUGGCGGAAUACAAACCGAUGGUACCAAUGAUUGAUAUCCAUCCCCUUAGUGGUGACGUCAACGUACAGUUUAACGGAACGACUCAGCUCAAAUCUAUCAAACCACGCGUGCAAUCGAGACAGAACUCAGUUUCGUCAAUUGUGAGUGAUAUCGGUGAAGGUGGACCCUCCACGAGUGGCACCAAUAGAAGCUAACAACCAGCCAUCGACCGCUAAAAUGGCAUUAUGCUUCGAAAGUAAGACGUACAGCAUCAACAAUUAAAAUCUCAAUUGUUAAAUUGAUGUAUAAAAGAUAGUUCAGCUCACUUCGAAUCCAACCGAAGGAUAUAUUUUACUGCUAAUAUAUUUUACUGAUUCAUGCUUUGGCAAACAGUGAUAUGUGGUACUACUAGUAGUAUAUAAGUGUUUAGGAAACUUUUCAGUAUACACGCUUGAGCGGUGAUUCCAAUGAAUGCAGCUUCUCGAUACCCGGUAGUAGAAGGUACAAAUUAGAAAACAGCCCAUUUUGCUUCCGCAAUGUUGUCAAUCAUAUUUACAGAAUAAGAAAACCCGUAAGCAGUGGCUAAAGAAAAUUAAAUAACAUAUUUGCUCUUGCUAUUGUUCACAAUGUACCCUCCAUGUAACCGAUUUGGCAAGCAUACUGGAUAAUAUAUAAAUUGAUAAAACAAAACAUAAACAUCAGAAUGGGAAUAUUUUAUAUACUUAACUCCAAAUUAAGACUUGCCUGCAACACAUUGAACUACUAAUUAAAAGCUUAAUAGCAAGAUUUGAUCACAAUCGCUUCUAAAUUGUAUAUAAGGAGGAAAUCGCGAAAAUUGUGACCGGAGCAGAUUAUCAAUAAGUAAUCAAGAGUGCAUAGUAACUGCAAUUAGCUACAACCGAAUCCCAUUCACCAAUAAACGCCAAUUUCGAAAGUUGCUAGUGAAAGAAAUAUUGCACACACACACCAAGGUAAAUUAGAGCUAGAGAGGAAUUAUUUUUUAUAUAGCUCCAAAGCUGCCCCAAUCUGGAAUCAUCAGGAACAUAAGGAGAAACGUUUACAAAGGUGUCUUAUUUCGAGCUUAUCUCUUUUUAAUUAAGUCCCAAUGUUUGCUUUCUUGGUUCUUUUGUUAACUGUUGUUUUGUUGUAAAUCGGUUUUACGUUUGGUUUUAUCGGUAUGGUUUGAGUACAUUAAACAGCAAAUGUAGCUUAGGGAAAUUGAUAUUCAAUUGAAAUUUGUUGAACAAUAUUAAAAUCGGUUAGAUUGAAACGCGGUGUGUACUCUAAUUUAGAAUAAUGUAUGACCCAAAAUUGCUGAAUAUUUAAAUGAAGAGAAUAAACAUUAUAUCCAAAUUAUAUAGCCAUAGAAAUACAUGUACUACUGAUAUUAUAAAGAAAUAAAACUGUGAAACCUGCAUCUAUAAUCACAAA